GACGAUCCAUGUCUAGAGUUUGAUAAGAGAGGACUGUGUAAGAAUGGUGCAUGGUGCACAGUAGAUGGUGAAUCAUCUGAUGCUUGGUGCAACUGCCGUCCUUACUUUUCAGGCGUGUUUUGUGAGGUGAAAACAGAUCAUUUUUGUGGGAUUGCCUGUGAUCAUGGUGACUGCACAUUUCAUGAGGGAGAUUAUCACCACUAUAUCCUGAAUGAGGGAACUCCUAAUGAGAGACCAUUUUCUUACAACAGUCACUAUUUCCAGUGUAAGUGUCAUGAAGGAUGGGAUGGACAACGAUGCGACUACAAUAUAG